AUGAGAGUCACUCAAGGAUUGCUUGUUAAGCAGUCGUCCGCCGCUUCAUCUGUGCUACUCUGCCCCGAGUCAUAUACCCCUCCGAGUGAAACCAUUGCAGCCCCUCAGACAGGCAACAUGGACCUUGCGCUGUCCAAACAAGCGCUGGCUCGCGAUGUAGUGGCUCAGAGGCCUGGAGGCAUCGCAGAGUUGAUGAUGGUGAUCGGAGAGGUGCUGGUCGGAGAUACGAACUCGCUGAGAAACUUGUGCCUCGUCAGCCACAGAUUCAACCAAAUAUUCUCGCCGUUCAUGUACCGCGUUUUAUUGUUGGGGGAAGAUGGCGCGCGUUUUGGCACUGGCCAUGACAUGCUACCUGGUCUAGCCCAGAGUGACAAGCUCGACAACACCAACGUCGUCGACGUCCGCUUCUCGCAAAAGCUAUCGCAUCCUGUCAAAAAGCCAGAAUUCCAUCGCUUCAUUUGCAGACUUUUACCAGCCAUGAAGAAUCUUCGAGUUGUCAAUUAA